AUGGCAACAUCGACGGAGGUCGUUCGACUUUCUUACUGCAACUUCGCGGUCUGGUGGGUUGUCAUCCUCGCUGUCCAUGUCGUCACCGGCGUCUACACUGCGCUCUACGCAUACUGCUACUUCGAGCUGCAAGACACGUACGUCAACAAUUAUCUGGAAUCGUUCCAGAUUGGCAUGCCACCGCAAUACCAUCACGUCAUCGCUAUAACUCACGCCACAAUGGCGACACUGCACGCAAUGUGUAUCUCCUUGAUGUUGGCCGGGUCAUUUUGGCAACGCUCGCUUGCGUUCACUCCGUGGUCUUCUUGUAAUGCUGAGGCCAAACGUGACAAAGUGGAGACUUCACGCACCAGUUCCGUGCUUCUUCAGAGCUUUACCAAGGUCUACACCAAGAUUUCUGACCGACGUGGCAUUUGUGGCGUGAACGGAGAGCAUUUCCACGCUCUUCUGAUCAUUCGAGAAGUUGUUGAGACGGCCCUACAGACCGUGCAGGCGUACGGUAUGAGCAUGUUAUUGCCACGAACUCUGUUGAAUCGGUUCUACGUGUUCAUGCUCGUGGUGAACUGCUGGUCGUCCGUGGUGGUUUACUCGCUAUUUUUCCGAGCUGACGAGGCUCGCAGACGGCUCGUGUGCAUCACGUUGGACUGCAUCUUGGAUCUAAUGUCCUGCAUGGGGGUGGAGCUGAUUGUUUUGUUGAGUUACGCUAAAGACUACGACCUGACUUCCUUUGGCUUUGAUGACUCCUUGUGGCGCAAUGACGAGUGGGCCGCUCGGGCUCUUAACGAGUUUCGGAUGGUCGUUGUGGUGUCGUGGUCGGAUUUGGCGAGUCGAGCUUUGUUCGCGCUUGGGCUCGUGCUGACCACAACAAAUGUCAAAGAAUUACUUCAACGCUUACUACCGAAGCGCAAUCGCAUCAACGCAUCGCAUGGCAAUAUCGGUCGCAGCUUUCGUGCCACAAAACUACGCACUCGCACUGGACAAACCUUACUCAAUGCUGCUCAUAUAUUGUUUGGAGCUUGGGGGAUUGUCAUUCUUGGAUUCCACAUCCAUGCUUCGAUCCAACCGACACUUCCGCAGUGCUUGAUGCAAGUAAGGCCGUGGGGAGCUACUCGUCCAUCUUGCUACCUGGUUGGGCUGGACUGUUACACCUUGGCGAUUUCUGGCAAGAAGGAUGAAGUCGAAGAGAAAUGGAGCGAGUUUGACAGCUCCACAGUUGUUCAGCUACUGAUUCGACAUUGUCCGGCACUGGAAAUGCCCGACUCUAUCAGCAAGUUCCACGGACUCCACGGCAUUAAAGCUUACAACACCACUAUUCUCGACUGGGGAGAAUCGGCAGCACUUACGAAUGCGAAUCAUCCCGAUCUUGUCACUCUUUAUCUUGCUCGUGUCAACAUGACGGACGGGGUGCUGCCGAUGGGGUUUCAAUCAGCUGAUUUCCCACAAAAUCUCAACGAUAUUGAGCUUUGUGUCACCAAUUUGCGCAGUCUACCCGACGAUCUUGACUCCAAGUGGCACCAACAAGCAGGUCUCCAAUUUGAGUACAGCCAGUUAGUGGCCAUUCCCGCAGUGCUAUUGCGCCUUGAGCCGAUGUUCUUCGCCUUGACUGGGAAUCCGAUUACCGAUAUCCCCCCAGAGGUUUUUGAGUUGCCAGGCUUGGCAACCCUCGGACUUGGUCAGAUGAAUCUUAAGGAGCUGCCACGUAACGUGACGAACUUGUCUCCAACACUGAGAGCGCUAUUCCUCGACGGGACUAAGAUUUCCUUCUUCUGGCCAUGGGCUGACGAGCUCAUUACGCGUGACGAGGAUUGGAGUGUUUUGGUCGUUACCGACACUCCGUAUUGCGCCGACCUCCAACAGAUCCAAAGCGGGUCUGCAAGUACUUUCAGCGUUCCCCCGUCGCUUGAAUUCGCAUCCAUCCUCAUGGACCCGUCACAGGCGAACCAGCCACCGAUCUCGGACAUCGUUCGCUGUGAUGGCUUCGUCGGGACAUACUACUUCAUCAACCUGGACGACGACAACAUGGCAAUCAGUCCGCCACCUCCACUACAAGUCGUACCACCCUAA